AUGACGUUGCAGAACCUCAAUAAGAAGAUCGAGGAGAGCGAAAGGGUCGGCGAGACGCCCGAUGGCGCCGAGGCCACGGCUAAUAUUGAAACUCUGGUCGGUCCCGAGGAGGCUGUUAAUAUGCAAAGCCCAUUCCCAGCUGGAGCUGGGCAUCUGUAG